AUGAUGAUGCUGCUGCCGAUGAUGAUGAUGAAACUCCAGCGAAAGGAUGACGAUUUCCAACAAGAACAUUCUGUCCAGCACAGCCAUCCUGCUCAUGAGGACUACAGAGAUCACAGACUUCAGAAAGAGUUUCCUCUGGGCUUCAUGCUGGCAGAACACAGAGGUCAGACUGUUUCUAUCACACAGAGUUUGAAGGAUGCUGGAAAUGUCAAAGACAGAAUGUUGACAGUGUCCUGGCUGACCCUGCUGUGUGUGAGUGUAACUGUGAGGGGGGCACCUGCACCCAUCUGUCCUCAUGGGCAUCCUGGUUGUCAGGCAAUCUCUCUAGCAGACCUCUUCGACCGGGUCAUUCAACACUCCUCACGCAUGCACGGACUGUCCAGCGACCUCCACUCUGAGUUUGAGCAGUAUUUUAUUCCCAACAAAAUCCAAAUUGGGACCAGGAGGUGCCACACGUCUAAUAUAGUGACUCCGAAUGGGAAGGAAAAUGCAACGAAGCUGGCAGAGGAAGAGUUGACCAAGGUCAUUCUGAAGCUGUUAAUGGCAUGGGGAGAACCUCUGGCUCAGUUUCACGAGAGCAUGACCCAGCACGCGGACUACAACAUCUACAGCAACAACAAAGCUCUGGAGAUGAGUGACAUGGUGUAUGAGCUGAGGAAUGGAGUACAGAAAGUGGCAGAAAAGAUGCAGUUGUUGGGUAUAAUCAGUAACCUCUUGAAUGGGCAGGACUUUUUGGAGGGUCUGGAUGCUGUGGACAGUUCAGAGAUUUUCUCUGUAGAUUAUCCCAACCUGCUUCACUGCUUCCGCAGAGACUCUGACAAAAUCCAGAGUUACCUGAAGAUCCUCAAGUGCAGAAUCCUGCCUGAGAACGGAUGUUAACGAUGAAUGUGGAGUAGGAAACACAGCUACACUGCAAAAUGUGGCAAAUAGGACUGACAGUGGUUUAUCUUCAGAAGUCAUAUUUAAAAGAUUCAAAGAAGCCAAAAACAACUGUUUUAGAAGAAGGUUAGAAAGUUUUAAAAGGGUUGACUCUGGAAAAACCUAGCUUAUAUGUCUACAAUGAAAGUGAAUAUGGUGCUAACCCACAGACAUAAGGCUAUUUUAUCUGUUCAUGAUACACUGAAAUACAAUAAGGUUACAUUUGAAAUGUGAACAUCUUUACAGCACAGCAUUUGACAAUUAGCAAUUUUCUACUUAAUUUGUUUUCUUUUUUUGCAUCUGAUUUUUAGGUCUGCAUGUGUAAAAUGCUGCAUGUUGAUGUAGAAAAUAAGGACAAUAGGUAUUUUGUUUUCAAUGUCUACCUUUUAUUGUAUCUUUCCUAGAUUUAGACUAUACACUGACAUGCCAAAGGCCAACAAUAAUCCUCCUCUUAAAAGCACAGAUCAUAAUUCACUCCAUUCCAAUAAGUGACGUGAACAUUACCUGUAUCCGCAUGACUUUAUGCAUUGUGCUGCUUCCACAUGAUUGGCUGAGCCAUGAAUAAUUAUUGUGAAUAUAGUUCUCCGAAGUCUAAUGGAGCAUUCCAAUAUUACAGUUAAAAUGAUAGUUAAGAAGCCUGAAGUGAUUGCCUAGACUGGUGUGUAAUUUUGUGGGGGACAUGCCUUAUAAAUACAGAAACAAACCUGAAAGAAAUGCUAAAGAUAAAAGCCUAGGUAAUCAUGUUCUAACAUAAAUCAACAUUUGUUAAGUUAGUAAACACUUGUUUGUGACAGAAUCUUGGUUUGGCAUGCAU